UCAUUAUGUACACAACCAGCGAAUAAGAGCUACCUUAUAAGCCGAAUUGAUAAAUUUGGAUUAUGAACAAUAUGUUACAUAAGUGUUCGUUAGUAAUAAUUUGUGGAACAUAUAUUAUUACAUUAAAUUCAUUUUGUGUGCCUGUGUAUGGAAAUAUAAGAGAAAUACGAUCACCGCAAACCAAUUGGUGGCAAGAAAGUCAAUCUCAACAACAGAAUCCAAACGGAAACGUUGUGGAAGAAAAACUGGACUCACAGUCGAGCCAACAAAGAAAGAACGAUUUUGUAUUAAUCUAUAAUAAGGGUAAUAAUACUUUAGUCGAAGUUCGAGGUAAAUGGUCCACUCGUUCAGGCGACGACACGUUAAAUAACUCUCCUCAAGAGUUCUCGAAUACAUCUAAUGGAAAUACUUAUAAUGAAUACGAUAAUUCGCUCUCACCUCCAAUCCUUUCAUCUCAUGAGGAAAGACCUGAACAGCCAUCUCCACCGUCAGUUCCCUUACCAUCACUUCCACUCCCUCAAUUACCUCACGAGUAUUGGCCGCCACCACGACCACCACUACCUCCUCCUCCACAUGGCUCACCAUUGGCUCCUGCUCUUCACCUUGGUCUGCCACCACCACCAUAUGUCAAGCAAUUAUUUGACUCCCAAUAUCGAGAAAGAAAUGGACAACAAUUAAAUUAUUAUAGAAGACCACCGCCGGUUCCACCACCGCCGCCACCGCUUUUAUAUGAUCAACUCUAUUAUCAAGGUAGGCAUGAGUCAAAUAGUUCUAAAGGACUGCCUCCGUAUCCUCCGUCAUAUUGGUAUCCACCUCCACUCCCACCAUAUUCAUAUUACGGACGACCACUACUACCGCCUCCACCCCACUUUUAUUAUAGACCUCCUCCUCCUCUACCAUUCCACACACACUACGGUUAUCCAUUUCGUCCACAUUUUCCUCUUUCAUCGCCGACUUCACUGUAUUCAUAUUAUGAUUACCAACAAAUACCGCAAGAUAUUAAAGACAAAGAUUUACUACCACAUAGAUCUGGUAGUAUCCUCAAUAAUGGACAGUAUUGGCCACCAUCCCCCAAAUACCACAAAACGUCUAUAGAAAAUGAUAAGUUUCAGAAUACUAAUUUCAAAUACGAUAUGGAAGCUGAAAUGUUGACAAAUGUUGAUUAUAACUCAACUGAUGCAUUAAAUAAAAAUCAAAUCAACUAUAAUUCUGUUGCAAGAGAAUAUGAAUUCUUAAAUCGUCCAGAAGGUAACCGACUGUCACCAGAAUAUAGACAAGCCGGCGUACCUCUGACAGAUAUCAAUCAAGAUUAUCCACAAAUUAUUAUGAGUCCUUCGAUGCCACAAUUAUUGCAAAUAAACGCUCACCGCAGUAUCCUAGCCCACCUUAUAGAAGAGGAUGGUGGAAUAAUAUUCAACCGGAUGUUAGACAUGGUGGACCUCCCAGAGGCAUUUUCAAUAAAGGGCCGUCUCCUGAUCACCAUGGACCUCCUCCAGAUUACCCAGAAACACCCUCAGACUACCGAGGACCACCCCCAAACCAUCGAGGAUUACCCCCAGAUCACCGAGGACCACCUUCAUAUUACCAUCGGCAACCUCCAAAUUAUCGAGAACUACCUCCAGGUCACCGAGGUUCACCUCCAGGUCACCGAGGUUCACCUCCAGGUCACCGAGGUUCACCUCCAGGUCACCAAGAUUCACCUCCGGGUCAUCGAGGCUUACCAUCGGACCGACAAACACCACCUCUGGACAAUCAAGGACUAAAAGUACAAGAAUACAGAGACCCAUAUGACAAUAAUGAUCAACACAGUAAUGAAAGAUUAACAACUGCCACAAAUGAGAAACAGAUUGACAUAAGAUACGAGUCGGGUGGUGUUCCAAAAACUACGGAUCAGACCAUUA